UAGUACGUCUCCUAUAACUCCUGUAUUUAGUCAAUGGUUUGACUUAGGAAUACUCAACUGAUUUAUUAUUUGUUUUUCGUGUCCCGCAUAAUACAAAAAUAAAUUGAUCGUGUAAAAAAUUAUUUUAAUAUCUAACGAUAUAAAUACUUCAUAUUUUAUACAAAAAGAAGUUAUUAAUAUAUGUUUUACAAUAACAAGUAACAAACUGAUAAAAAAAUCUUCGAAGUAUCAUGUCCAGAGAAUUACUAAAACACUAAUGUAAGUGACAGAUAAAAAUUUGAAACAAUAGAUAUAAAAAUAUGUCGUCUUGGACUGAAAAUGUUGCAAUAAAGCAACCUAUUAGGCGCUUGGAGAUCCAAAUUAAUAACUUCAAUGUGGCCAUACCACAUCAUGUUAACUUAUUAAAACGGCAUAAAAGUAACAUUGAAAAAUAUCGAACACAACAUGAGUGGGAAAAGAUGAAUAGAGAACACAUAAAUGUAGCUAGGAUUAUAAAACAGCUUAAAGAAUUACUAUAUCAAAUGGAUACUUUAAGAGCUCAUGUUCUCGAUUCUGACAUUAAUCAGUUUGAUAAAUUAACUGGCAAUGCCCGUACAAGUAUCAUGAAUGCAAUCAGAGAAUAUAUGGAACUACAGCUGAAUUUGCCCAUGUCACAACCAGAGUCACCCAAAGAAGAAGAUCAACCCAAAAGUCAUCCACUUGACGACACAUAUAUCCAACUCCAGAAAGAACAGCAGGAGCUGCAGCAUCAGGAGGCAUGUCUGCAUACUUGGAACACCUUGCAAGAAGAUAUACAUCAACUUCAUCAAUUAUUUCUUGACUUUAACAAAAUUGUUGAUGAUCAAAAGGAGCUAGUAAAUGCAGUAGAAGACAACAUAGAAGUAACAAAUGUGAAUGUAACAGAGGGUGAGAAAUUCCUUCAAAAAGCUGCUAGGUACAAAGUUACUAUGUACCCUUUAGCAGGAGCUGUAAUUGGAACUUGUAUUGGUGGACCGGUUGGUUUACUAGCUGGAUUAAAAGUCGGUGGUCUAACUGCAUUAGGUUGUGGUAUUUUAGGAUUUACUGGAGCAUCCAUAAUAAAGAAAAAGGAGAUAGAAAUGCAAAAAUCGAGAUCAACGGAGGGGCACAGUUUAACUGAGCAAAAAUCUGUGCAGAAAUCAAUAUCUUUACCUGAGAACUUACAAGAAACUAAGAAGGAGUUGUGACAUAUGCCAAAAUGUGAUAUUAGCGAUAAGAGUAAAAGAAAAAAUGCCUGCAGUGUCGUUUAGCCUCAAAACACUGAUAUUAAUAAUUCAAUACGUUUUUAAAGAUUUAGGGAUUCUUUGUAUUUAUUCUGUAUAUAAAACAGGAAUAUUUUACAAAUUAUUAUUAUUAUUAGGGAUAU